CGAUGACUCAACCGAAAACAAGCAGGGAGUCAUCUCAUCUGUGCAUGCAUCUCUCAUCUGCCAAAUUUCCCAAAUUGUGUCAAACAAUACCUCAUAUAUUCUAAGCACUUUAUUUUCUUUUUCCUAUUCAUUCUUUCUCGAUGAUUCUUCAGCUCGGAGGAGAUCAAAAUAUCUUAUAUCGGUAGCAAUCUUUGCAAUUGAAUCUCACCUCCUCCUCCGUAUACCUAUCUAUCUAUUUACCCCACAUUUCCCCAUCUCAUUCUAUCAUCAUCCAAUUUAACCAAUAGGCAAGCCAGCGAGCGAGCAACCAUGAACGUCUCCUGCGAAUGCCAAAAUGUGGUUUUUAAAACUCCGUUGGCGAAACCGCUGGCACUUUAUAUUUGUCAUUGUAAUGAAUGCAAACGACAAUCCUCCUCGGCAUUUGGCGCUUCUGCUAUCUUUCCCCGAUUUCCAUUGCCGUGUCCGGAGUUUUUGGCGGUUUAUACUCGUCCCACAGCCUCAGGACACACGGUGAAUUGUUAUUUCUGCAAAACAUGCGGUACACGCCUAAUCCACAGCACGCCUGGAAAGAGUGUUGUUAGUGUGAAGGGAGGGUGUAUCGAGGGAUUGGAUUGGAAACUGGCGAAACACAUUUGGGUUAAGAGGGCUAUGGUUCCUAUCCCUGAAGGAGCAGAAGUGUUAGAAGAGGAACCGAAUUAUGACCCUUACAUUUGUAGGACGACAGAUCUUUUGGAAAAUGGAAAGAUGGAUGCUGGAGCUGCGUGAAAGGGACGUGAGAAUGAAUUGCUGUACUUAGUAAGGAUAGAAGAUGGUAAUGAUUAUUUUAAUAAUUUAUCACUACCGAAAACUACUAACUUUUGAUAAUCAC